CGGCGGGGCGAUGGCGGCGCUGGCCGGGCCUGGCGCGGGGACCCCGGGGUCCGGCGCUCGCGACCUCUUCGCCGAGGGGCUGCUGGAAUUCCUGCGCCCGGCCGCGCGCCAGCUCGACUCGCACGUGCACGCGGUCAGGGAGAGCCAGGUGGAGCUUCGAGAGCACAUCGAUAACCUGGCCACAGAGCUGUGCAGGAUCAAUGAAGACCAGAAGGUUGCGCUCGACUUGGACCCAUACGUGAAGAAGCUGCUCAACGCCCGGCGCCGAGUUGUGCUGGUCAACAAUAUCCUGCAGAAUGCACAGGAACGGCUGAGGAGACUCAAUCACAACGUGGCCAAGGAGACUGCCCGCAGGAAGGCCAUCCUGGAGGCCUCUGGCGGCUACCCCCAGGGCUCGCCCAGCAAGUGAAGCGUGGAGGCAGCCUGGCUGGAGCGUUGCUGGACUGAUGGCCAGUGGAUUCUAGAGCUGGUACUAGGAGUUUGGGGUGGGGGGACAGGAGCACCCCAUGCAGAGCUGAAGUUAGUGGGGUGGGACUGCAGGGGAGAGAUGCACAGCUGGGUGUCAAAUGGACAGGUAGAGCCGCUCCCACCUUCCAUGCUGCUUUCAGGGAGACCUCAGCAAGCUGGGCAGGUGACCUUUGCUAGCACCGAUGCUCCAUUCACAGAGCCAAGGGGCCCAUGUACAAUGUAUUGUUAGGCUGGGAGGUGGUACAAUAAAACUGCCUGUUGCUUAUGA